CCUCUCCUUUUUUCGCCUCUUCUAUGCAUUUUCAUUUCAAACCAGCUUUCUAGGGUUAGGGUUUUACCAGUCGAGAGUCACCACACCACCAAAACAACCAAACAUGGCUGCUUCUGCUCCUACUACGAUCGAAUCGGUCCAGUGUUUCGGCCGCAAGAAGACCGCGGUGGCCGUGACCUACUGCAAGAAAGGGCGUGGGCUGAUCAAGAUCAACGGUUGCCCAAUUGAGCUCGUGGAGCCGGAGAUCCUCCGAUACAAGGCCUACGAGCCCAUCCUCCUACUCGGCCGCCACCGCUUCGCCGGCGUCGACAUGCGCAUCCGAGUGAAGGGCGGUGGUCACACGUCCCAGAUCUACGCCAUCCGUCAGAGCAUCGCCAAAGCCCUCGUUGCCUUCUACCAGAAGUACGUCGACGAGCAGUCCAAGAAGGAGAUCAAGGACAUCCUCGUCAGGUACGAUCGGACCCUCCUCGUCGCCGACCCCAGGCGCUGCGAGCCCAAGAAGUUCGGCGGUCGCGGUGCUCGUGCUAGGUUCCAGAAGUCGUACCGUUGAGUGUGGUACUGCUCGUAUGCUUAUGCUUCUAAACUAUCCAUGUUUUGGGUUAUGUUUACUUGUUUUUAUUAUCAAAGACCAUAAGAUUUCUGUUUCGCGUAUUUAGCUGUUUUGAUUUUAAUGUGUUAUUGAGUCAUUAAAGUUUUUGAAUUUAGAAGUUCAAAUUUGAAUAUGGAAUUUUCGUAUGGAUUUAUCUUUAAAUUGUGUUCAGGUUCUGAUCU